AUGAUGUCAACGGAGGAAGCAUUGAAUUGUCUGAAACAGUCGAGCACGGUGACAGGAGACUCCGUGUUCACUCAUCUGUCCGAGCUACUGCGCCACAUUUUGGCAUCCAGGCCGAACAACGCCGUCGACGUACUCGAGACGAGCUUCCUCCUCAAAGCGACUCGGUACAUUUCGAAGGAGAGCUCGGGCUUUCUUCGCGAGGGGAGGGAUCCUAAAGAUGUGCAGGCAGUGGCCUCGUUUCUGGACCUGUUCAGCACGAAAGAAGUGGUCGAAGCGCCGGACGACCCGAAGACCAAAGACAAGAAGCCGAAGCCGGAUGCCGAGGGCUCCGAGGACACCGAGACGGUCGACACCGAGACCGAGACCGAGGAAACCGAGGCCGAGCCCACGAACGAAUUCGAGGCCGAAAACCUGCUCGCGGACAGCGUGUUCAUGGACGCCGUGGGCAUCGGGCUGGGCCGCAUCGAGACGCACAUGAUCAUGCUCGCGCUCAAGAAGCUCGGCGACGAUCCUGCGCUCGGCAUCACGACAUUGCGCUUCUUCGGGAAGAUCUUCGGCACGCGGCGCAAUUACUUCGUGUUCGAGAGCAAGGUCGGGGGCGAGGGCGAGGGUGGGCAGGAGGGAGACGAGGCCGAGGGCACGGAGGAGGGCGGGGAGUCGGAGGAGGGCGGGGCGGGCGCGGGCGCCAAGGCCGUUAAGGAGGAGCCGCUAACGUUCCCGCCCAACGUGAAGGACGACGUGCCGGUGGAGGAGGGCGCGGGGCCCAACGCCAACGUCUACUGGGUGUGCAACCGGCUGGACGAGAAGUGCGUGCGGCUGCCGGCGGUCACGCCGCUGCAGAUCUCGACGGCGCGCAAGAUCAAGAAGUUCCUCACCGGCGAUCUGGAGGCCGAGGUUACGGCGGUGCCGCCGUUUCCCGGCGUGGAGAAGAACUUCCUGCGGGCGCAGAUCGCGCGGAUCAGCGCCGGCACGCAGCUGGCGCCGGAGGGGUUCUUCUCGGCUUCCGGCGGGGGAGAGGACGAUCAGUCCGGCGCGGAGCUGACGGCGAACGAGGAGUGGGCUCGGCCGGCGGACGCGGAGCUCGGGGCGCUGACCGCCUGGGUGCACCGGCAGCUGUACAUCCGGCGGACGGGGAGGUGCGCGGACUACGAGAAGCCCGAGCCGGAGGAAGGCCAGGAGGAGUCGGAGAGCGCCGGCGAGACGGAGACGGAGACGGAGGCGACGGACGACGGCGAGGGGACGGAGGGUGGGGACGACGGCGCGGCGACGGAGGACGGCGAGAAAUCGUCGCCCGAAGAGCCCGAGGAGAUUCCGGAACCGCUGCGGACGGUGGAUGCCGACGCCGACGUGGCGGACGGCGUAAAGCCCUGGUCCGUCAGCUUCAGCUCGAGCAUCGCCGGGUUCAAGAACCAGGUCGUGUGCCUGCGGUCGCUGGUCUGGCCCGGCGCCUUCGCGCUGGCCACGCCGUCCAAGUUCAACAACAUCUAUGUCGGCUUCGCCGUCAAGAACUCGGACUACGUGCCGCCCGUGCCGCCGGCCAUGCAGAAGGAGAGCCGGGGCGAGUUCGUCGAGAGCUCCGAGCUUCCGCCGGAGCCCGAGAAAGAGGCGCCCGAGGGCACCGACGGCGAGGGCACGGAGGGCGAAACCACCGAAGGCGAGGAAACCGAAGAAGAGUGA